AUGCCGCUGGAGAUCCUGUUCUUCGGAGCCGGGGCGAUUGGGGCCUUCUAUGCUUCGCGCGUGGCGGUCAAUCCAGACACCAAUGUCUCGGUCGUCUGCCGGUCCAACUACUCUGCCGUGGUGAAGCACGGGUUCCGCAUCACAUCCCCGCAGUACGGCGACUACCAGUGGACGCCCACGCGGACAUUUAACUCGGCGGAAUCAGCGCGGCAGAGCGGCGUUCGCUGGGACUAUGUGGUGGUGAGCACCAAAGCCCUGCCCAACGUCUCGGACGACUCGAAGCUGCUGGAAGGACUGGUAAGUCCGGGGACGGGGACGGCGACGGGGACCGCCAUCGUCUUGAUCCAGAACGGGCUGGGCGUCGAACAGCCUUAUGCGCGGCGGUUUCCCCACGCGUCUAUCUUGAGUGCCGUGACAGUCGCGUCCGCGGCCCAGCCCAGCAACGGCCACAUCAAACAUAACCGAUGGACACGCAUCAACAUUGGACCGUUCUUCUCCGACGCGGACACGUCGCUCGAGUCGAAAGAAAGGGCCACGGCCCAAAACCGGCGCCUGGUCCAGCUGCUCGCCAAGGGCGGCAUCAAGGAUGCCAUCGCCGACACGCACGAGAAACUACAGCUGGUUCGCUGGCACAAGAUCGCCAUCAACGCCGCCUUCAACCCCUCCGCCGUGCUCUCGGGAGGGAGCCACAACCAAGCCAUGGCCUCCGACCCCGAACUCUAUCUCCAUCUCAAGGGUGUGAUGGACGAGGUCCUCACCACCGCUCCCAGGGUCGUCGGCACUCCCUUUCCGCCUUCGUUCGCCUCGUCCGAUGCCAUUCUCCGCUCGACGCUGAGAAAUAAGAGCGGCAGCAAACCCAGCAUGCUGCUCGACUGGGAAAGUGGGAAGCCUCUGGAGCUGGAAGUCAUUCUUGGCAAUCCCAUCCGCAUCGCGCGGGAAAAGGGUUACGAAAUGCCCCGGCUGCAGAGUCUGUAUGCCCUGAUCAAAAUGAAAGAGACGAAUCGAGAGGCUAGGGAGGAGAAAGCGAAGAGCAAACUCUAA